ACUAAGGUAUUUUUGUUUCGAAUUUGAGCGGUUUAGGUAUCACAAAACAACGAUGGCUCCUUCUGGAUUGGUGUACGCUUUUGGUUUACUUCUGGUGUGUAUUUUCAUAGCUAGUUCUAAAGCCGACUGCCCACCUGGUUAUUGGGGCGAAAAAUGUGUGAAUUACUGUGGCCACUGCAAAAGACUUCAAACUACUGGUAACUGCAAUGCCGCUGGAAAUAGCUCAGAAUGUCAAAAUGCCCAAGAAAGCCGCCUUAAAAAAGGGCCGUCCCCAAAGGGCCACGAACGAAUGAAGUACACUGAUGACUAUGACCGAAACUGUACUUCAGACGGCAAAUGUUCUAAUGGGUGCAGAGAUGGAUGGGAAGGAGAAAGAUGUGAUAAACCGAUAUGCCAAGGAGGAUGUGGUAAUGGCGAGUGUUUAUUUCCCGAUUAUUGUGGAAAUUGUGGCGGAAAAUCAUACAUAAGCCCGAAUUGUAUUGACAUUCGCAUUCGUGGACUGAAAGCUGCUGCCGUGUCUUUGGCCAUUCUAUCUGUCAUUCUCAUCUUUAUCGACUUUUUUAGUGAGCUCAGCCGACGCGUAUCUACAUGAGUAUUUGGCUUAUCGAAGCUACGUGGGAAAUUUAACAGAACUUUGAACUGUGGCUUGUCGAUAUAUUUGUCUGUUGGCCGAUUUGAAAUACUUAUAUUUUUAAAAUCAUACAACUUUUCUAAAAAACUAUGGAUUUUAACGGGGUAUUUUAGCCGCAUCGAUAUAUCAGUUCAUUAGAUUAUUUUAAUAAAAGGUAUUCGUCUAACUCUAGAUUCAUUCAUGUUUAUAACAGGAAAACUAUAAAUGACUGAAGGAUGAACAAAGUGGGCUGUACAGAUAACACAAUCUCAUUAAAUAUGAUAUAAAAACCGGUUUUCGUUUUGUUCGUUUCUUUA